AUGGCAAUCGUGCUGGGCUUCGCGACGGCCGUCGAUACGCUCGGAUCGAAAGGCCCCUUCAAGCGCGACGAGCUCCUUCCGAGCGCGUGCAUGGCUUUUGCCGUCAUGUGCGUGCCCAUGGGUCUCCUCAACGUCCACGCAGCGUCCAUUCUGCGCUUCUUGGGCCAAGACCCGUCGCUCGCGCUCCUCGCGGGCGAGAUCAUCCAGUGGUCGACGCUGGGCCUGCCGUUCCUCUUCCUCUACGAAGUGCUCAAGAAGCAACUGCACCUCCAAGGCAUCGUUGGGCCUCCGAUCCUUGUCGCCAUCACGAGCAACGUACUGCACAUUGCGCUGGGGUAUUCGCUCUCGCAGUUUACGAGCCUUGGCGUCGUGGGCGUCGGCAUCGCACGGGCUGUCGCGUACCUCGCGCUGCCAGGCCUGCUGCUCUGGCACAUGCAGCGGCGCGGCCUUGUGUCGUCAUGGGCGCUUCCGACGCGCGCAAGCAUCUGCACGUUUGCGCGCUACGGCCUUCCGGGCACGGCGACCAUGCAGCUCGAGUGGGGCGCGCUGGCGCUGCUCGUGCUCGUCUCGGGCAUGCUCCCCGACCCGAUCACGGCCGUCGGCGUCAAUUCGAUUUUCGUGACCUUGCUCUCGCUCUUGUACGUGCUCUUUUACGGCCUCUCGCUCGCGAUCGCGGCGCGCCUCCGGUUUUUUCUGGCGGCCAACCGCCCGCGCCACGCCGCCGCGACCAUGCAGCUCGGCUACGCGGUGUGCAUCGUGGGCGCAACGGUCACUUGCAGCAGCAUCUUCUUUGGGCGUUCGCUGCUCUCGACGGUCUUCCUCGCGUACGACCCCAGCAUUCGCACGCGGGCGACUCUGGCCGUGCUCUUUGUGGUGCCGCUGCAUUUCUUUGAUGCGCUCAACGCCGUCUCGCAAGGUAUCUUGCGCGGCAUCGACCGCCCGGGCUUUGCGACGUGCGUCAACGUUGUCGCCUACUACGUCGUGGGCCUCCUCCUCGCGGCGUACUGCGCCUUCUUCCUACAUCUCGACCUCGAAGGGCUCUGGAUCGGGUACGCGCUCGGCCUCGUCUUUGCGGGCGGCGUCUACUGGGUCCUCUUGAGCCACAUCAGCUGGAAGCGCAUGGCGUUUGAGGCAUUUACGCGAGCCCAGGUCCCCCACCUCCCCAUUGUGUAAUGCGUGCCACGAGUCGCCAUCUGAUUGGACCAUUCGAAUUUUUGGUUGCUUU